AUGAUGACUCUCAGUGGCUGCCCAAUACUCUCCACCUCUAGUUCCUCACCAGACACUAUCAGGCACCACCACCACCACCACCACCAGCUUCACUCAGCAGGAUCCUCAUAUUGGUAUGACAGACAAAAAGCAGGACAACGCAAGCUGGAAACACUGCUGGUCGUGUGGCUAUUUAAGCCACGCUGGGACUCACGGUGUCAUCAGACGUUGUCCUGCUUCUACACCAAUAUGAGGAUCCUGAGCGUCAUCCUGCUGGCCAUGGUGCUGUUCAUGGGAGCGUUCGCCGCCCCUCCCACUGCUCCCAAGAAUGUGGUCAUCGACCUGGAUAAGAACACAAUGAGUCACGAGCAGUACGGAGAGCCAGGCAAAGCUGUGUAUGGCAUGUACAGAGCUGAGAAACCCAACGGCGAAUGGUACACAGUCGAGUACAGGGCUGACGCUACCGGCUUCCACGUCCUCAACUAGGCACUGACGACAGCGACACCUGCCGAGGCCCGGCCGACGCAGACACUCUGCAUCAUGACCUCUCUAUCUCUUCAUUUUUAGUUCCAUGAACUCCAUGAAUCACUCUUUUCCUAAAUAAAUCCAUCUUAAGUUUU